CCAGGAUAUUCUCCUGAUUAGUGACCUUCGGUGGCUUACUAGUGGAUCAGGGUAAUUGAAUAAUAUGACGCCCGGUGAUAAAAUAGUCGCAAUCGAAAACGGUAACAAAUCACAUCGUACCCCUGAACAACAGACAUACAGGGAAAAGCGUUUCGCCUCUCUCCAUACCUCGGUCACAGGGUUGGAAGCUGAAGUAGCACGAAUGGAAGCUCAACUGGCCGAAACAAAGGCUAGAUUAAAGAGCGACGCUUCUACGACCGUGCAGCGACAUAUUACUCUUCUUCAUGAAUACAAUGAAAUUAAAGAUAUUGGACAAGGCCUGACGGGUCUUAUUGCUGAUGCGCGUGGAGUGCGCCAGAUUGAAGUGCAGAGAGAAUAUGGGGUCGGUGAUCGGGAUUGAAUACUCUGAACUGUGGUUUUCUACGAACUUAGUGUCAUCUUGAUGCCAUGGCAUUCGUUUAUUGAAAGCUGUAAUUUCAGAACGGUACACUACAACUACCUUCAUUCCUUGAGCCAUGUCGCGAUUCUUUAAUUGUAAGUAUCUAUUUUCUCUUUGUCUUAUAAACUAAGCUUCGAUUACGUAAAUAUAAUAUAUCUCACCUUGCAUAAUGAAUGUCGCAGGACCACCCCCCCCUUUUUUUUUUUUUUUUUUUUUGGGGGUUAUUUUCUUUUU